CCUUCCCGACGCUGCCCGCAAGCCGGGCUGUCCCCGUGGCAUUCCGACGUGGCCGGGCGGCUUUUGCAGCCGUCGCGAGGAGCAGAAGCGAGCGAGCGAGGGGAGGGCCGCCCAGGCGGCAGCAGCGGCAGCGGCGGCGGGGAAGCGAGAUCCGGAACAUGCGAACGGGGCGGGCUCCUGCUUCCACCGCCCCCCUUUCGGUCCAGCCCUUCCCCGAGAGGCGCUCCCUGCCACAGGAAGCCCCGGCAGCGGCCUCCGAGGGCCCCGCAGGGCGAGCCACAAGGCCGAGCAGGUCCAGGUGUAUGCUGAUCCAGGCUAUUUGGACACCCUGACUCAGGUGCUGGGGGCCCUCCCUCCCCCCCAAGGGGGCAGAAUGGAGUUAGAGGAGGGUUACAAUGGGAGUUCAGCCCUGGGAGCUCAAGGGGGCGUGGCUAUGUCCAUCAUUGGUGCGGAAGAUGAGGAUUUUGAAAAUGACAUUGAACCUUUCCAGCACCCAGAUGCUCAAACCAGCUUGUUCCAAAACCUGGAGAUUCUGAUGAAGCACCCUGCAUACUUAAUGGUUUUCAUACAACAUGUGGUGUUGCAGUUUGAUUCAAGCCCUGUGCUCUGUUACCUGCACGUGGACCUCAUCCUAAACCGCCUUGGACCCAAGGAAGCCAAGAAGCAAUUUGUGGAUUUUUGCCAUGUCUUCUUAGACAAAACUGGGCUGCUGAGAGUCCCUAUACCAACUGUUGUGCAGUUUGAACUGGACCGAAACAGACCUGAUCUCAUCCCGGAAGACCAACUGAAAAAAUAUUUGCAGGACAUCCAAGCUUUUCAAGAAGUGGAGAUAUCCCAGCAGCUGGAGGACUUCAGGGAAAAGAGGAAAAUGGGAAUGACCCCAGGAGAGAAGGAGCUUUUUGAACUCGAGGGCUAUCGGACCAAAGACAAAGGCAUCAGAGAGGCCAAAGAGAAACAGCUGGCCGAACAGCUGCUGGUCAAACUGGAGGAGAUGCACCUCACCAUUUCUACCGACGAGGAAAAAAGCUCUGCCAUAUAUACCGCCAUUGUCACGUAUAUGAAGCAUCUGGGGGUUAAGGCCAAGACAGCGGAUAACAAGAAAUCAAAAGCAAACUUUUUCCGCAAAAAGAUUUCUGGGACCAAGAAACCAGAGGAAGCCAUCAAGCCAAGGAAAGGCUUCAGCAUUUUGGACCCGGCCCGCUGGAACCGUGGGGAUUCCCAUUAUUCUGAUUACAGACAGCCCAAACCUGAGGGUGAAGCAGCUGAGAAGACCCCAGCCUUGGACAAAAAAGCCAAGUUAUCAGAAGGAACCUCCGGGCGUAGCAAAGGGAACCCUUUGGUGCAGGAUCCCUCCAGUGUGUCCGUCACUGUGCAUCCCCCACCUGGAGAGAGCAAUGACGGGGAGCAGGGGUUGGACAGCCCAACUCUCGGAGCUGAUUCAGGAGAUUCGCCGGUCACUGAGCAAGCCCUAGCUGGAGAACAGAUCUCGCUGGAUGAAAGCACAGAGAAUGAAAGAAGGCGAAAAAGUUUGGAACCCGGAGGGGCUGGGGGAGGUGAGCCCCCGCCGUCCUUUCUGCUUCCCCAGUCUGAGGAGUUUGAGCCGCGUGUUUCGGAACUGGAACUGGACCCGCCAAACUGGCGGGAGCUUGUCCCCCCCGACACCCUCCUCAGGCUGAAGAAAAGUGAAGUGAAGCGGCAAGAAGUGAUCAACGAGCUAUUUAUCACAGAGCACGCCCACCUGCGGAUGCUCCGUGUCUUACUUGAGGUGUUCUACCAACCGUUGUUGACCGAGGGAUUCUUCACCGAGAGCGAACUGGUGAACAUUUUCCCCAGCCUGGAGGACUUGAUCGACGAACACAAAGUGUUUCUGGAGAACAUGAAGAGGCUGAGAGAGGAGAAUAAUUUGAUUGUCUCCGAAAUUGGAAGCACUCUCCUGGCUAGAUUCGAUGGGUCUGAAGGAAACUGGUUUCAGAAGAUCUCCUCCCGGUUCUGUAGCCGCCAAUCUUUUGCAUUAGAACAGCUGAAGGCGAAGCAGAAGAAAGAAGCUCGUUUCAACCAGUUCAUCCAGGAAGCAGAAAGCAAACCCCGAUGCCGGCGAUUACAAUUGAAGGACAUCAUUCCUAUUGAGAUGCAGAGGCUAACCAAGUAUCCGCUGUUGCUCCACUCUAUUGCCAAAUGCACUGAGGAAGCUGAGGAACGUCAGAAGGUGGAGAAGGCGGCUGAGUGUUGUCGUCAGAUCCUCAAUCACGUCAACCAAGAAGUGCGUGUUAUGGAGAACUUACUGAAACUGAAGGAUUAUCAGCGACGUUUGGAUCUCUCCAAUCUUAAACAGAGCACAGAUCCUCUGCUGAGUGAAUUUCGGAACACAGACAUCAGCAAGCGAAACCUUGUAUACGAGGGGCCACUGACAUGGCGCGUUACCAAGGAUAAAUCAGUAGAUGUUCACGUCCUCUUGCUGGAUGACAUCUUGGUCCUUCUCCAGAAGCAGGAAGAGCGCCUGGUGCUCAAAUGCCACAGCCGCACCAUCACCCCAACCCCCGACGGGAAACAAAUGCUGUCCCCCAUCAUCAAGCUCAAUUCUGCCAUGACCCGUGAAGUUGCCACAGACAUCAAAGCUUUCUACGUGAUUUUCAGCUGGGAGAAUGGAGCUCAGAUCUACGAACUGGUGGCUCAGACGGUCUCCGAGAGAAAGAACUGGUGCAACAUAAUUAGCGAUACAGCUGGAUCACUGAAGCUGCCCGCUUCCAAUGCCAAACCUCGGCUUUCAGUAACAAACCGAAACUCACCACAUAGUCCCAGCUAUUUUCCAGAGAAUCUCCUGGGUGGAGCAGAAAAUGGCAACCCCCUUAAAGAGGCCCUGCAAUCCGAGGACCAAGAAAAAGAUGGACUGCUGGAAGUUACAGAGUUUGAGGAACGGAACGCUGUUGGUGGAGCGAAGAUGGACAAGGCGGUGGAGACCUUCAUGGCUGACCUACAGGCCUUCUGCAGAUCUCAACCUCCUGGCCAGGCCUCUAUAGCCUCUGCUGCACAGGACCGAGUUUUGGCCCUGAAGAGGUUAUUACAGAUACCAGACGAAGGAGAGGCCCUCUUUCCUGCAGAACCUACGGAUCUCUCUCCAGAGAAUGGGGACCCCCAAGAGGGAGGAGAGGAAUGGAAUGGGACUUUUAGGAUUGAAGGAGACAACAGCAGAAGGCUUCCAGCAGGUUCUUUGAAUGGCCCUCCAGAUCCGGAGUGGACUUCUGAGCAUCUGGAUAAGGAGAGUCCCCGUUUCCCCAUCAUUCUGUCCCUCCAGCAAUCUGAUGGGGUGAAGCAUCACUUAAAGCUUCUAGAAGAUGCAAUUCAGGGUCUGAAGGAUAUAGAAACAGAAUACUGGAGGCUUCAGCAGCUGAUGGGGAAGUUUACAUCAUCUCAACAAGCUGGUUCCACAUGAGACUUGGCCACGCGAGGCCUGUCAGAAAAACGAAGGAAGAGACGGUGUGGGCUAACCCAUUUAUCCCGCCAGGCGGUUCUCUCUCCCCCAACUCGAGGCGACUCCACGGGAGAUCUAAGCCUGCUGCUUGAUUUGUAUAGGGAGCGAUGCUGUGGAUUUUGUACAUAAACUUUUCUGCCUAGA